CUUGCCUAAGUUCUUAAUAUAUUCAAUGCACCCGUUGCACUGUUUCAGUUAUCAGAUAGUAUUAAUUUGUGACUGUCUAUCAACCAUUAAGCCGCUUUAGCCACGACAAAAGUCUACACAUACUCAUGCACGAUUUAUGCAUGUUUUCUUAAUAAAAUUAGUCCUCAAUCAUACUACUACUUGCUAUUUUUCUCGUUAAUACUAAAGUACCAUGUGGUUAUACUUGGGUAGUAUGUUCAGUGAAACAAAAUUGCCGAGUUUUUCUUUUCCUCUUCAUAAUAUAUAGUUUACACGUACACUAUAAUAGUAGUAGUGUAACGACAGAAGACAAGGACCAGGCAAUAUAUCGUUUAUUGAGAAAAUCAACAGAUAUUUAUAUAUUUUUAUGUACAUUAUUAUUAUAGGUUAUCGUUAGCAGAGAAAUGCCGUUUUCUGAUUGGUUGUUCUCUUUCUGAAAGUCAAUCUGUCACCUUUUUGUGCCCGUUUCUUAGAAGGUCAGACCAUGUAUCUGCGAAUCGUAUCCGCCCACGCAAGGUCUGCUGUGAUUGGUUGUUGAGUUAGUCUUUGUUCUUGUUCUUUUCUCAUGACCAAGAUUUAGGGACGUAAACAUUGACGUAAAUAGCUGUCUACCAAUUUUGGCUAGCAGACAGCUCUCAUGUCAUAUAUUAAAUCUCCUAUUACAUCAUCUCUAUGGGAAUCCCAGUCUAGUCAUGCUGUCUCGUACAUAUAUAGUUCCUAUUGCUUAAUAGGAGGAAAACAUUUUGUAAUGAGCAAUCAGUUAUCCCGUAGCUAUAUUUAAUAUCAUAAGGUUGAAAGAGGCACUUAUCACUUCCAAAUUGGGUCUUUUAUCUGUCUGUUUCUUCUGUUUCAAACCAAAAAUCAUCCUAUAAGCAUUAGCGUAACUGCUGCAUUCGUGUUUUUUUGUUUACUUUGCUUCUCAGGGAUUGGUUUUGUUCGGUUUGCCACUGCUGGACAAGCUGAAAAAGCAGUUGGACAGAUGAAUGAGGUAAAACAUAUUGUCCGAGGUGGUGAUAAACCGAUAACCUGCAAAUUGGCUGACAAAGCAGAUCACAAGCGUCGUAAUGCUGCUUCUAAUCCACAAGCUUUGGUUACCGCUGAUGCCGCCGCUGGUUUGCACCCACAAAUCCCUGUCGGUAGUCAUAUAAAUCGCACAACUCAUGGUUUACCAGGUCUUGCUUCCCUACAAGCGUUAGGUCAGGCGCAACAGCCUUCCUUCAAUCCUCAGCUCCCUUUGACUGCACAAUUAGUGCAACCUUUACAGCAGACUCCUGUUGUUGUACCGAAUCUUCAUUCAUCAGGAGUUUCUUCACAAAACCGUAAUGUUUUGCUUUCAUCAGCUCUGCUACAGAAUGGUCCAUCUGGUAACGCAUCAUUUCCAAAUGGAGGUAACUGUCAUCAAAAUGUCUCUACUACAUCAUAUCGUGCUAACUUGGUCGGAAUACCGUCUGCACUUCCGGCGAAUCAGACUGCUACAGUUGUUGCCGGUUACAAUGAUUCACCGUUUAAUCGUUCUAAAUCGUGUAUUAAUGUUCAAUCUGGAAGCCAUUCUGCUAACAAUCCACCCAUCUAUACAGCAAAUGGAAACACCUCUCAAUCUGCACAUGGAACUUUUCAGUCACUGACAACAUACGGGUCACCGACGACUUCCAGUUAUCAAGGAGGUUUAUCUUAUGUCCAUCAUCAACAGUCACAACAAAUUCCUACUGUUCCCACAGUGGCAAACAGUUCUCAAAUGGUUGUUGUAACGCCUACACCACCACCACCACCAGCACCAAUUAGUAGUGGUGGUCUCUAUCAAUCAGUGUCGUCAUCAUCAUCGUCAUCAUUAGCAGGAGCAGCAGUAGCAGCCGCCGCAUCGAAUGGGGGGUCUGUAUCAGCAAAUUAUCCAGCCAGCAGUAGUAGUAGUAGUGGUAGUAGUGGUGUUAGUAGUCAUCAAAAGUUAAUUCUUUCUUCCAAUAUACCCAGUGCUGCAUGUCAGGUACAAAAUUUACAAUGUUCUAUGCCAGAAACUACAAAUUUGAAUACUGCUGUUAGUCUAAUGACUUCUGAAUUUCAAGUAAUGUCGUUUAAUUCAACAGUUGACAACACAUCGCCACCGCCACCGCCAACAUCGUCUACAUGUCAAUCAAAUUUAAUAACAACUGAUAAUGUUGUAUCAUCGUGUAAUACACAGGAUUGGUCUAAUGGUGAAGGACAAAAAUUAUGUUCUAUGAAUUCUAUCAACUCUUCAGAAAGUGAUAUUAUGCCUUGUCAGCAGGCUACAGUGAUUGAAAAUAAUUCACAUGAUGAUGAUGAUGACCUUGUGGUUGCUACGUCUGGUAGUGGUAACGAUUAUACAGCAACUACUGAGAAUACGGUUAACUCCAAUGUUGUAACAGAGGAGCUUACCACUGACGCACAUUGUUCAAACUUUGAACAAGAAACUAUCCCUUCAUCAUCAGAUUUUGGCUGUUGUUUAUCCAGUCUGCCGAGUGAAGUUCCUUUAUCAUCACUUGAUCCAUCUUCAGCAAAUCAUUCCUCUGCCUCAAGUUCUACAAUCUGUCAAACAGGGAAUCGUUUGUCUUCGCCUAAUCUUGAAAUGAACGGCAGUAGUCGUGGUGGCGGCGGUGGUUCAUCAUCAAGCGCUGAAUGUCAGUCAGAGGAUAAAUUACUGCGGAAGAGUAAGUUGGCCGACAAAAAACGCGAUUCAUCAUCGAACUCCACUGCUUGUAGCCGUCGUUGUAGUGAAGUUGGCUUGAAUGAAACCCCCCCGCCUACAUCUACUGCUACUACUACUACUACUAUACCAUUGAACAGGCGGAAGAAAACUCCUCAUUCAGCUUCUAGUGUCGGUAAUAAUAGUAAACAACCACAACAACAACAACAACAUUCAAAAUCUCCACCAAAGAAAGAUACAACUGUAAGUGGUAGUUCUGAAGUUCGUCUACCCACUAGCUGUACUCUUCUCAAUCCAUCAUCUCCUUAG